AUGCUUCAUAAAGCUUUAGCCUUUAGUGGGUGCUAUUAUACCGAAGAUUUUUCAAAGACCACUGUAGAUGUUUUUGCAUUGGUCUUGGAAUCAGGUGGCAGUGAUCUACCUGUCAUAGUAUCAUGUGCAAGUCUUGCCCAAGCAGAUGCAGGAGGGAUUAUGAUGUAUUACCCCGUGACUUCAGUUUCUGUGGCUUGCGUUGGGUCAAAUCAUGUUAUAGAUCCUAUAACAGAAGAAGAAAGUUGCCAAGAUGGAACUCUUCUGAUAACCACAAUGCGUUCUCGCAAUGAGGUCACAGAGCUAACUCUUACCUGGGAAUGGUCAACUCCAAAGAUUCACUAG